CGGGAAAAUCUGACUGUAAGUUCCAAUCAGCUCAAUCAGGUUAAGCACAUGUAUGAUGUGCGGAGGCGAAGUCCUUGGUGCUUAUGGCAGCUGAGAUGGAAUCUUUUGAAUCCCACUCUAAUGCGAACUUUAUUAAGGUAGACUGGAUUUGCAAGUAUCGAAAAUUGACUCUUCAAUUGUCCGUUAUCGCGUUAUCGUCUUAGAGGUAUGUAUGUAAGGGUAAGUCAUGUUCAUGGGGUUAGCUUCGGCUUAUGUAGGUGGUACAAUGUAGUACCUAGGUAGGUACCUAGGUACCCACAAUGAUGUUUGUACCUUCUUCGAUUGCCUGCCCCUUGCUGCUUGCCUCUGAUUGCAUGCCCCAUGUGGCUUGAGUUUGUACGGCUCAAGCUCCUCCGUCAUUCAGCAUGCAUCACUCAUCAAAAGUUCCUUAGCAACAACAACUCUCUGAUUGUUUUCUAUUAGCCAUCCAUCGUUUUACGCAGCAUUCCCAAUCAAGCUGUUCAACUAAAACAUUCGCUCCUUUCGCAUUCAACCUGACUACGUUACCUGCCUAAGAGUUCGGAAGCGAAGAUCCGUCGCGCCCUCUGGAGACUUCGAGUGGACUUCACUAAACUAGGCUCUCUACCUAAACAAGACAAUAUGGCAUCCCCUCCUCGCGCCUACUCGCCUGCGGGUUCUCCGCCAUACUCUUCUAGCGCGCAGUUGCCAUCGAAGAAGCGUGGCUCCACAACUGCUGAUCUCUCAUCUCAACCGCCCUCCCUCAAACGUCGCAAAGCAUCUGUCAUGUCCGUAGCCUCCGUAGGCUCAGCCCAUCCUCUUCGACAGACAUCCUUUCCGCCCGACGAAUCUCAAAUACGAGCCUUCUCUCCGUCCUACCGACGAUCUCCAAGUGUCGAUACCAUGAGCCUCGUUAGUGGCAGUCAAGUUAGCGGCGCGCCCGCAAAGAAAAAACGCGGUAGAAAGUCAAAAGCGGAGCGCGCAAGCGAAGCGGCCGCUGAAGCCAUGCGAGACGGGUCUCCAAGCGUUGUAGGAGGUCGCGCACCUACUAUCCUUAGUAAUGCGAGCGGUAAUCAUGCUGGGAAGGACGUCGACCCAGACUCCAGGAAAGAAGAGGAGUUCGAGAUACCCGAGAAUAUGGCUAGCAUGUCUGCUGCUCGAACUAAGGAGCAGCUCGAAGAAGAGAAGGAGCUAAAUGCGCUUCUCAAGACGCAAAUGGAUGCUCUGCAGUUCGACCGGUACGAGGUCUGGCAUCGCCAAACUCUUAAGACCUCAGACGUAAAGAGGCAUAUCAAUAGCGUCACAUCGCAGUCAUGCCCUACCAAUGUUCAUCAGAUGAUGCAGGUAGUCUGUAAAAUGUAUCUUGGAGAUAUCGUCGAGUCCGCGCGUGAGGUUCAACAAGAAUGGAUACAAUUAGGCGAGAAGCAAACCGACUUAUCUGACGACGAUCUUAAGCCUGCGAACGAGUUAUCAAAACACCGCCGGCAAGCCCCCUUACGGCCCGAGCAUCUUCGCGAAGCAUAUAGACGCCGCAAGGCCGGUACUGAAAACGGUGGCUCUUUAGGGAGCUUGAUGGUUUGGAACCAGCAAACGCAAAACGGAGCUGAAAGAUUCGCGGUAAGGGCAGGUGGCCGUCGAAUAUUCAAAUAAUAAUGUUCUGUUGUGGGAAUCAUCUCCACUUCGACUUCGGAAGGCGCCGAAGCUCAAUACUUUGAAUAUUGAGUAUAUCUUACUCAUAGGCCUACCUAUUUGACAAAGGUAUUGUUGAUAAUCCACAUAACAUGAUGAUACUAAGUGCCAUGCUUAACAAUAUCCUCUAUCUGUUUAGGUCUUUUACCGUGUACUGAUAGAGAGCGUAUACUGCUUAAUGUCCAACGCGGCAUGACCUCACAACACUAGACCUGAAAUGCCUAGUCGGAUCGGCGAUACGGGCUCAUCCGAUUCCUCAUCCAAUUCCAACUAAUUCGAUGGACCAUAUGCGGGAUUAGAUAGG